GCUUGAGCGCUUCCCUUGGUCAUCGCAGCCUUUUACGCCUCUUACCCAAUUUGCCUCUCACUUCCUUUCACUAUCUUACUCUGCUUCUGUAAUCACUUGCACAGUCUUGAAUGACACCUUCCGGCUCUCGUGAUGAUGUUAACAUCGUGCAAGAGAGGACAUUCUGUAAAUGGCUGAAUACCAAACUAGAAGCCAGUGGGUAUCCCCCUAUGAAUUCCUUGGUGAAGGAUCUCUCCGAUGGCGUCCGUCUCAUUCAGCUUAUGGAAAUCAUGGGCGACGUAUCUCUCGGUAGAUACAACAAGAACCCGCGAAUGCGAGUACAAAAGGCGGAGAACGUCAACAAAGCGCUAGAGUUUAUAACCUCUAGAGGAGUGAAACUCACUAAUAUAGGACCUGAAGAUAUUAUGGAUGGUAAUCUGAAACUGAUCUUGGGUAUGAUAUGGACGCUUAUUCUUCGGUUUACCAUCGCGGACAUCAGUGAGGAAGGUCUCUCAGCAAAAGAAGGUCUUCUGCUGUGGUGCCAACGAAAGACUGAGCCCUAUAAAGAGGUGGACGUGCAAGAUUUCUCCUCGAGCUGGUCAGAUGGGCUUGCUUUAUGCGCCUUGAUUCACUGUCACCGUCCAGAUUUGAUAGACUACGAUAAAUUGAACAAGAACGACCGUUACGGGAAUACACGUUUGGCCUUCCAAAUUGCGGCUGAACACUUGAAUAUUCCGCAACUUCUCGAGAUAGAAGACUUGUGCGACUCGGAUCACCCAGACGAAAGGAGUGUGAUGACUUAUAUUGCAUGUUAUUUUCAUGCCUUCUCCUCGAUGGAUCAAGCUGAGACGGUCUCCCGUAGAGUGGAGAAAUUCGCUGAGUUCAUGCAGUCGGUUUGGGUUUCACGCAAUGAUUACGAACGUCGAGUACGCCUGCUGUUGACCUCGUUGUCCGAAGUACAAGCAAAAUGGCUUACCAGCACCUUCUCUGGGUCCUAUACCGAAGCGAAGGAUAUAUCAGCUGAUUUUACGAACUAUAAGCAAACCACCAAGCGAACUUGGGUCACUGAAAAGCAGGAUAUAGCAACGCUUUUCGGGAAUGUGCAGACAAAACUGAAGACUUAUGGCUUAAGAGAAUAUGUACCACCAGAAGGGCUUUCUCUUUCAGAUCUUGACCAGACUUGGCAAAACCUACUUGCUUCAGAAGCCAAACGUUCUAGAGCGAUCAAUGCGGAAAUUCGACAAAUAAAAGAAAGAUUACGGCGAAAGUUUGCCGAUCUGGCCAACGAUUUCUCUCAGCGCUUACAUCUUAUCUCGUCCGAGCUGACUGCAAUUGAUGGUCCGCUAGAGGUACAACAGCAGACUGUUCAACAAAUACAGACUCGGAUACCAGCUCUUUCAGACGUGCUGUCAGAGGUAGCCUCCGCCGAGAGCGAGUGUAGCGCUGCCAAUGUAGAGGAGAAUGAUUAUACCGUUUUUAACUGUCAAGACUUGGAGUUUGAACUUGAAUUAUUGGUGCAGAGUAUUGCGAAGAAACUCGGUUUCAUAGAUAACCAGAUCGUUUCUCGAAAUAUGACGAACCUUACUCCAGCACAGCUCGAGCAAUUUGAGACCACCUUCCGCUACUUUGAUCGCGACGAAUCGAAUACACUGAAUCAGUCCGAGAUGACCGCCGCACUUGCCAGCUUGGGCAUCGUCUACUCAGACGAGGACAUGGAUUAUAUCUACGAUCAGCUUGUGCAGGACUACGGAGCAGUGUCAUUCGAAGCGUUCAUCAAUCUCUUGGUUGAUAUCAUGGAAGAUCAAACUUCACCUGAUCAGUUGCGGGAAUCGUUCCGGAGCAUUGCCUCUGAUAAACCAUUUGUUACGGAGCUCGACUUGCGGGUUGCUCACCUGCCUGCUUCAGCAUUAGAUUAUCUGCGGGAGGCGAUGCCUAGUAAAGUGAAUGAAGCUGGGGAGCCAGUGUUUGAUUACGAUAGGUGGAUAGACGAAGUAUUUGCGUAGUUUUAGAAUCAAUAGCCUAUAAUCACGAUUUUUACC